UUUAUGACUCAAAACCAUACAACUUGUGUGAUAGGUGCAAACAUUAAGUUUUGAUUGACGCCUAUAUAACUCUCAUCAUUUUUUGAAUAUAUCUCACAGUCUUCGCACUCUCUCUAGGUCUUUGGUUCUGUUUUAUAUGCUUAACACACACACAGUACUACUACAAACAAGAUGGUUUCAUUUUCUUCCACAAACAGUAUUUUCCUUACUGUAUUCUCUAUCUGCACUCUGGUUCAGCUGAUCGAAUCAAUUCCUGUUAUUACUUUACCUCCGAAUAUUAAAGUUCCAGCAGUUCUUGUGUUCGGAGACUCGAUAGUUGAUCCAGGGAAUAACAAUAACUUGGUUACACUCGCAAAGAGUAACUACCCACCUUAUGGGAGAGAUUUCAUGGGUGGAAAAGCAACUGGUAGAUUUAGCAAUGGAAAAAUCCCCAGUGACUUCAUAGUUCAAGCGUUGCAAAUUAAGGAAUAUCUACCAGCUUAUCUCGACCCUUCUUUGAAACCAGCUGAUCUCCUUACUGGUGUAAGCUUUGCAUCUGGUGCCGCCGGAUAUGAUCCACUUACCGCUAAACUCGCGACGGCUUUAAGCAUGGACAAACAAAUGGAUCUGUUCAAAGAGUACUUAGCUAAAGUUACAGCCGCCGGAGGAGAAGAGAAAGCUAAGAGUAUUUUGUCAGAGAGUGUGUACCUAGUUGUUGCAGGAAGUGACGACCUUGCCAAUACCUACUACCUUUCAAGAUUAAGAAAUAAUUACGAUAUCCCAGCCUAUACUGAUCUUAUGGUACAAGGAGCCUCCAGUUUUAUUCAGGGACUGUACGAUAUGGGAGCAAGGAGAAUUGGAGUUUUCAGCGCAGCGCCAAUAGGAUGCCUGCCAUCCCAGAGAACAUUAGCGGGAGGCAAAGCGAGAAAUUGCGUAGAAAACUAUAACGAAGCUGCUCAGCUUUUCAACUCAAAGCUGUCUUCAGAACUUGACAAACUCACUUCUGGGUUUGUACAUGGGAGAGCUGUGUAUGUUGAUAUCUAUAAUCCACUCCAAGAACUGAUCGACCAUCCUCACAAAUACGGGUUUGAGGAGGUAACAAGAGGAUGCUGUGGAACAGGAACGAUAGAAUCGACGGUCCUGUGUAACGAGCUAAACCCAUUUACUUGUGACGAUGUUUCUAAAUAUGUAUUUUGGGACAGUUACCAUCCCACAGAGAGAGCUUACGAAAUACUUUUCGGACCCAUCGUCGAGAAAUACGUGGACAGCUUCGUCUGUGACAACUCCGCAUGCUAAUUGUAAAUGUGACUAAUGUCUCCAAAUGCAUGCCAGAUGAUCAAGACCAGAUGGUCCACGCUAAACAAUUUCCAAAAAUCAGAUGGGAUGUGGUUCCAUCAUUUAUUCGUUUGUAUCUAUUUUACAAGUUCCUCUGUUUGUUUUAAUCUCCAUACAGGUUUAACUUGACAGACUGGUACUAGAAAUUCUAUUUUAUUACUGAUUGGGAAAGAGAACUUUCUUACAGAUA